AUGGCCUGGAGUUUCUGCGGGAAAGCCCAGCUUGGGGGACUCUCUCUGCUUGGCUGGGUCUGUUCAUGUGUCCUGCCCCAAUGGAAAACUCUCAAUCUGGAGCUGAACGAAAUGGAGACCUGGAUCAGGGGACUUUGGGAGGUCUGCGUAGAUCAGGAGGAAGUUGCCACUGUGUGCAAGGCCUCUGAGUCCUUCUCGUCUCUGCCCCUGGAGCUCCAGGCGUCCCGCAUCCUUGUGGUAGCCUCCCAUGGACUACUGGGGCUUCUGCUCUCUGGCUUUGGGACCCAAUGCUUCCAGUUUCACAGGAUCAGAUGGGUAUUUCAGAGGUGGCUUUGCCUCCUGGGGGGGACUUUGGAGGCAUCAGCUUCGGUCACUCCCCUCUUUCCAGUCUCCUGGGUGGCCUACGCCACAAUCCAAGACUUCUGGGAUGACAGCGUCCCUGAGAUUGUGCCUCAGUGGGAGUUUGGAGAUGCCCUCUAUCUGGGCUGGGCUGCUGGUGUUUUCCCGGCCCUUGGUGGGUUACUCCUCAUCUUCUCAGCCUGCCUGGGAAAAGAAGAUGUGCCCUGUGUCCAGAUGGCUGUCCCUACAGCAGCCCCACCAGCCUGUGCUCCAGCGGAAGAGUCCGAUCGCUCGUUCUACCUAAUGCCAAGACCUAGGAUCCUGUUCAUCUAG